CCACGGCCAAGCGCUUUCGCCGCGCAACACACCAAUCGUGCGGGAAAAUAUACACAUUUGGCGCAGACUGCAGCUUCACGCAUGCGCGAUUCGAGGCACCCGCCUCUCAGUUGUUGAGAAUGGCUACAGGUCGAGAGCGUCGUGCAGAGCUGCUCAACGAGCGGCUUCGUGGCGCGCAGCGCGUCAACCUCGGAGACGAUUCGUUCCACCUCGACAUCGCCGGCCUUAACAUUGCCACCUCUGAUCCCGCACCUGCUCCAGUUUCGUCGGCGCGCCGCACACCAAAUACCUCUGCAAAGAGGAAGAGGCUCGACCGCGACGAGUUCCCGCCCUCAAACGCUCCCGCCAGCUCGGGUCGGUCGAUUCGAAGCGGACCCAAGGACCCCUACGAUCUACCCGACACGUCUAAGGAAUCUGUCGUACCGCCGCCCGCGGCCUUGGAACAUACACAGCAGAAUGGAGCGCAGGAGCAAGGGCAGAGUGUCCCUGGCGUCGAAGAGGAGCCAGAAGCGCAUGCAUCCAGCGUGAUCGAAUCCCCCACACUACCUCAAAUGCAACCAGAAGACGAGGAUGAUACGAUGGAAUCCCUACCCGACCCUGCCGCUUACCGCUCACCGGUAGCGAGACGUAUAGCUCGAGGUUCUGUGGACGAGAUUGAAGAGACCCCCCAGGAUGCGCGUGGUAGUAUAAGGAUGCGUAGUGUUCCAGUGAGCAGCGCGCUUUUAUCGAGCGCAAGACUCCACGAUGCUAUGAGCACGGAUGGUGCCGGGCCGCCUUCGUCGUCGCCAUUGGCGCGCAAGGUGCGGCGAAGCGACGCAGCGGCAUCGGUCCGGUCAACAGGAAGCUUCCGGAAGAGGUCACGAUUGAUGGAGAGCGAGGAUGUGGAUGAAUUGUCCCGGACACGAGCAGCAGAUCAGGGUCCAGCAGACGCUGAAAUGUCAGGCUCUAUAUCUGCCGAAGAGGAGCAGGCAAUACAGGAAGAACCCGCCGAGACGACCCAACUGGACGAGGAACCUGUAGCUGACGACGAAGCUACAGAGGAAGAGCCGGAGGAAGAGCCAGAAGCGGAACCAGAGGCAGAACUAGAAGCUGAGCCAGAAGCUGAGCCAGAGGAGGUGGAAGCGGAGGAGAUCAACGAAGCCGAGGCGGCAAAGGCACUUGGCAGGAAACGCCCCAGGAGAAGCAUGCCGUCCCAAUCUCCAGAAUUGGGAUCAGGCGUUUUCGAAGAGGCCGACGAGGAACAGCCAGCACCGAAACGACUACGCGGACGAAAACCCAAGAGCCCAGCGACGCAGAAGCAACCAGCCCCGAAACCGAAAGCGAAACCAAAAGGGAGAGAACCCAAGAAGUCUACACCCAAGUCAAAGGGGAAGCAGUCGCCCAAGCCCAAAGCAACUCGCAAACCUGCGCGCACGAGCGGCGAAGGUGGCGACGCGACAAUUGCGGUCACGGUGCAGCGAUUUGUCAAUGUUAAGAACCAGGCAGACGGUGAAGAUGCCGAAGACCCCCUCCAGUCCGAGGUGCCGUUUACAACUCGCGGGGAGACCGUCGUAGACGUGUUUUCCCAGGUCUGCAUGGAAGUCAUCAAAUCUACGCUGGGACAGUUGGAAGAGGCAAUUGGCUCUACAGAGGACAAGGCGAAGAAGAAGGAGUGCCGGAUCAAGAUGCGGGCGAUUGAGGCCUACAGAGAAGAGCUGAAAUCGCGGUUGUUGCAGCAUGCAAUUUAUCUUAAUGACUGGCACUCCCUGCGAAAACGGGUUCGCCUAGCCCAGAGGGAGAAGCUCGCCCUGCGAGAUGAAAUAAUACGGCUCAAGGGAGAAAGGGAGCAGGUCGCCCUCCGAAUGGAUGCUGUCCGAAUCAAGCACGAGGCAGAGACAAAAGAGUCCAAGCAUUUCCUGAGUACAUCAACUACGAUGCACGAUGUGGAUCUCGCCAUCGAACGAGGACGAGAUGCACCAGAGCUCUCACGCGCAGAACAGAAGCGAGCGGAGCUGGCGAACCUCGAACUGCUCGUGCCCCAAAUCUCGGACCAAGUCAGCUCGGCCAGCGCGACGGGCGGCCUGCUUCAGCAGGUCAAGGACUUUAAUGCCUUUUUGGAGAGAGCAGCGGUGGCACUGGAAUCAAGAUGAAAGCACCAGUCACUUCAAAUGCAACGAUGAAACGAAGAAAUUUGACCCGGAAGCAACGCUGAACCCCAUUUUGGUUAUUUUACUUGGUUUGCCAUGCUAGGAUGUCGUACAUAUAUAUCCCUUCUAGCUGAUCUUGGCCUUGCUAAAGUCCAUCUCGGGAUGCUGAUCCUGGAACUUCUUGAGGAUGUCGGCACGGCUCUGCUCGUCUGAGGUGGGCAGGCCGCGCUCCUUCUGCUGCUGGUC